AUGCUGAUCGACCUGAAUCUCCGUGACAACCGCCUUGGAGCUCAAGGCGCUGAAGAACUUGGGCGGGCGCUACGCGAGAACGAGACGCUCACGCGCUGCGAUUUCUCGUGGAACCAGAUGGGCCCACACGCUGUGCUUGGGCUGCUGUCAGCGUUGAGAGACAACUUCGCUCUUCGUGAACUCUGUGUCUACGGACGCGAUCUGGCUGAAGAUGGUACCCAUUAUCUUGCGAAUCUCGACUACGACUCGGCCAAGAGGAUUGUUGUGGCGCUCCGCCACGUAAACGAGAGCUUUGCUGUGGCUCGGCUUACUGGCGCUCGAGCUAUGCUUCCGAUUGACAAGAUGAAGACGUCAAGAUGGAUACAUCUAGCGGAUCGCGAACUGGUUGAGCUCGAUGGACUCGUGAUUGCGGGAUUGAUUCCUCGGAACUCCAUGCUGCUGUCACUUGAUCUGCACGACAACCCUGGAUUGGGGAGAGCUGCGGUAUUGGGGUUGCUGUCCGUCAUUAGACGCUGCCCUACACUUCGAGAUGUGGAUUUAUCCAACACGGGUCUAUUCCCUGACGCCGGCGAGAGUCUUGGAGAGCUCGUGGUUCUGAACAGCACACUCGAGACCAUCAAGCUGCACGAGACAGUGUUCGCUGUCCAGCAACUGCGUGGGAACCGACGAGCAGGGGAAGUCCCCGACAUGAUGGCGUUCACAGUUGCGUCCAAGCAUUUCUUGGAUUUUUGGGUUCUCGCCAAGUGUCUUGCUGUGAAUCGAAUCACCCAGGAGCUCAAUGAACUGCGUCUGCCUGCUACGUCGAGCUCCGCCAAGGCAGCAGCGAUUGUGGGCGUGACAGCAAACGAGAAAGACCAUCGAGAUCUGGUGACUGUCAAUCUGUCUGGACGUCCGCUGGAGCUGUACGAGGCGGCGUUCCUGGGCAAGAAGAUGUUGCACCACCUUCAUCUCGGUCGUGUGGCUCUCAACAGCUGCAUGAUCGACGGUGCAGCAGCUCGAGCGUUGGCUGACGGAGUGCGUAACCACGCUACUCUACACACACUGGAGCUGGAGAACAACCCGCUGGGUCCUACCGGAGGCCAGGCACUGGCCGAGUGCUUGGCAGUGAGCAGCGCUCUCACGUAUCUCAACUUGAGCUGGACACAACUGGGCGACGAUGGCGUCAUGGCCUUCCGAGAGGCAUUGACUCGCAACAAGUCCAUCGAGAGGCUCGAUUUACGAGGGAACGAGCUGCGAGUGCGCGGUGUUGUGGCUAUAGCGGAGGGUUUACGUCGCACCGCCACACUGCGGGAACUCCAUUUGCGAUGGAAUACCGUGUCGCCUGCGGGGGCUGAGGCGCUGGCAGUCGCGCUUGAGGUGAACCAAAGUCUGCACUUGCUGGACAUCGAGCACCACACGAUGGGAGCGCGUGGUGCCGCAGCGUUUGCGUCCAUGCUGGCGAGAAACAAGCAUCUGGAGCACCUCAAUAUGUGCGGCACCGACUCAGACGACGCGCUGGAUGCAGGUCCUGGCAUCAGCUCCGAACAAGCUCAGCGGAUCGCUGAGGCACUCGCCAACUCUAAUCGGUCGCUGCGGAUACUACAUGUCGGCGCCAACCGAAUCGACACAGACGCUGCUGCUCGAUUCGGGGAGCUGCUGAAAUUCAACAAGACGCUAGUGGCGUUGGACCUGUCGCGCUCCGGGCUGGACGCGAAGAAGGCGCCUCGGUUCUUCGCCUGCUUGUCGGUGAAUACAACGCUGGAGCGGCUCAACCUGGCGUACAAUCGCAUUGGGAAUGAGGGACUUGUGGCCUGCAUGCGAGCUCUGGAAACCAAUCGGACGUUGCGGGAGCUUAGCUUGGCGUACAACGGCAUGACGGAAGAGCCCCUGGCGGUACUGGCGGCCAGGCUGCACGCGCCGAAGAGGUUAAUCACGCCGACGCUGGGGUGGCUCUGUCUCACAGGCAACAACAUGACGGAACGAACACGCAGGGAGUACCUGGCACUGCCGCAGAAUGUCAUUGCGAUAGAACUGCAGGAUAAAAGUGAUGAAGAUAGCGAAGAUACAGAGGUUUAA